UGUAUUCAUACGAAUACGUAUAAUUUUAGUGGAUAUUAUUUAAUUUUAUCACAUAAUAUAUGAACAUAUCUUCAGUAUGGCCUAUGAUCAAGACAAUGGUAGACCAUGUUUAAAAUGUGGAUCCAAAUGUCCUGAUGGUUUUGUGAAACAUUCAUUCAGAAUGCGAUGUACACAAUGUCAUUGUGCAUAUUAUGAUCAUGAUAUUUUUGAUUUUACGAAUCAAUCAAUAUGCGAUGAAUUAGAUUUGAAUGAUACACCAGUUUAUGAAAAAUAUAUGAAUGCACAAAAUUUAGCUAAAGAAAUGGGAUUAAUUUGGUUACCUAUUGGUGUAAAAUCAGAGGAAGUAAAAUUAUUUUUAAACAGUCUGUCAAAUACUGAAUUACCAUCAUCUGGUCAAAUUGCUGAUUAUAUUAGAAGUCAACGCUUUCGGAAACAAAUACCAUUACAAGAUCGUAAACCAUUUAUUACAAUUGAAGAAUUAUCCUGUCAUGUAAACGAUGAUAAUAUAAAGCUGAAUUUAAAAACUGAAUUAUAUGAAGCAAAACAAUUUACCAAAACUCGUAAUUCUCAUGAUUUUGGUAUUGGCUUUGUGGAACAUAUGAAUGAAAAUGAUGGACAGCCAUGUGCGGAUUGUUUACAAACAAUUCAUUUUGAUGAUUUUUGUGUAAGAAUUAAACCAGAGCAUUGUUUAAUUGAAGAAGAGACUUCCAAUACCUCAACAGUGAAUCCUAUUCCAGCUUGGCAUUUGAAUUGUUUCCGAUGUACAACAUGUAAGGAAUAUUUAGUCGAUUAUAUAUACGCUUGUUUAAAUAAAAAGGCUUAUUGUUUACGACAUUAUGGUCAGGUAAUACGUCCACGUUGUGUAACAUGUGAUCAUCUUAUUUUCUCAGACGAAUACACCAGAGUAAUGGAUCAGGAACAUCAUACCAGUCAUUUUGCAUGUCAUAGUUGCGAUGCUUCAUUAACAGGACAACGUUAUAUACUACGUGAUGAUGAACCGCAUUGUUUAGAUUGUUAUGAAGCUAAAUUUGCAAAUACCUGUGAACAAUGUAAAGAGAAAAUUGGCUGUGAUUCAAAGGGUAUGCUAAAUUCGGAAAUUGGCAUCACAUCACUUGUUCGGGAUGCAUUAGAACCUGUACGGAAUGCAAUUUAUACAUCAUCAUCACCAUCACUAUCUUCACAACAACCGAAUGUUAAAUUCCAAUCAAAUUAUUCAAUGCCAUAUAUCUAUGGUCCUGGUUAUUAUAACAUUGGACAAGCAUGGCAAUGUGAUACAAUUAAGGAUUUAUCAUUUAAAGAAAGACAUUGGCAUGAGAAAUGUUUUAAAUGUUCCGCUUGUACAACUUCACUAGCUGAUCGACCAUUUGCUACAAAAGAAGAACAAUUAUAUUGUUCGGAUUGUUAUGAUGAACGUUUUGCUGCACGAUGUGAUGGUUGUCAAGGUGUAUUCAAAGCUGGAAUGCGAAAAUAUGAAUAUCGUGGCCAACAAUGGCAUGAAGAAUGUUUUCUAUGCGUAGAAUGUAAACAACCAAUUGGUACGAAAAGUUUUAUACCACGAGAAAAUCAAGUUGUCUGUGUACCGUGUUAUGAAGCGAAAUAUGCUCAACGUUGUACUAAAUGUUCCGAUGUUAUACGUCGUGGUGGUGUUACGUACAAAGGGAAUCCAUGGCAUAAAGAAUGUUUCACUUGCACCAAUUGUGCAAAACAAUUAGCUGGAUUAAAAUUCACUUCAAAAGAUGAACAACCAUAUUGUGCAGAUUGUUAUGGUGAAUUAUUUGCUAAAAAAUGCACAAAAUGUACCAAACCAAUUACUGGAUUUGGUGGUUGUAAAUUCAUUUCAUUCGAAGAUCGUCAUUGGCAUUCAGAAUGUUUUCUUUGUGGAAAAUGUAAUUGUAAUCUAGUUGGUCGAGGUUUUCUUACCAGUGACGAGAUGAUUAUGUGCUCUGAAUGUGGUCGUUAA